AGACUACAACUAGUAGAUUUAAACUAUGAGAUUGUUUAACUUGUUUAAAACGAUCUCACAAUUUAUCAACGCUCAAAUACUUGAAAUUUAAUCUUCAUCUUAUUCUUAUCGUGUUGACAUUUGAACAUUUUGAGUCAAAAUUUGUAUCAUAGAUAAAAAAUUUAAUAUUAAUUUAUUAUUUUUAAAUAGUAAAUUAAUAAAAUUUGCAUAUGAAUUAAAUUUUAUUAUUUUCUGCGGCUGCACCACGUGUCACAAUACAAGUUGUCUACUUAAGUCAGUCGAAAUCCAAACUUGGCCUCAGUUCGAAUGAGGAAACUAACGACUGAAUAGCUCCUCAAAUAUAUAUAUGUUGGUACUCUUGUGUACUUUUUCUUUUUGCCAAUAUACAGAUAUUUAAAAAACAAUUUUCUAUUAUGAUUUUUAACGGUUUUAAUAUAAUUUAUAUAUUAUUAUUAACAAUAUUAUUUAAUAUAAAUUAUAAUACAAGUGCACAUGAUAUUUGUAAUAAAAAUUGGACCGAUUGUGAAAAUCCAUGGAUAACGAAAUUACAACAAAAAAAAUUUAACAAUGAUUUAAAUAAUAUUAAUUUCAAUUUUGGUGAACAAAUUAAACAAACAAAUUUUGAUAUUCCAUGGUUUUUAAAUAUACCAAUAUUACCAGUUUUAUUUGCAACAUCACCAACUCUACCAAAUGGUCAUUGUAAAAGACAAGCACAACGUUAUCUUCAAGAGCUACGAAAUGGAACACUUUGGGCAGCUAAAAUGUAUGAUUCUUCAGCAAAAUAUCCAGAUGGUAUAAUUGAUGGACAUGUUGGUCAUUUGGGUAAUUUCGAUGAAUGUUAUAAUUUAAAAGUUAAAAUACCAUCAUAUGAUGAUAAUAAUGAGUAUGAAGAAAUAAGUGGUAAUUAUUGUUUGGUUAAAAUUGAAUAUCAACAAUAUAAAAUACCAAUUAAUAAACAUGGUCCUCACACACUUGAUUUUGAUCCAAAUGGGUCAGUAUGGGAAGCAAUUCAGGAAAAAGGAGAUUUUCGUCGUGCAAAUAGAAAAAAAAUGGAAAUGGCACUUUGUGUACCAGCAACUUGCAGUGCUGAUGACAUUAAACAAGCAUUAUCAAAACCAUUGGAAAUAAUUGGCAAGGAUAAACAAAUAUUAGUUACAACUGGAAUUCGUGCUAACACGUGUCAAACACAAGGAGAUGAGCCUGAAUUCUCAAAUGCUGCCAAGGUCUACUGUUAUGUAAUAUUGGGACUUUUUUUAUUUACUGGAUUGGGAACGUGGUAUGAUGUAUCAAAAAAUAAAAUCUACAAUGAACAAUCGAAAAAAAAUGAUGCUGAUGUUAAUGAUGAUAAUGAUGUUUCAAUUAUUGGUGAUGUACUUUGUUGUUUUUCAGUUAAAAGAAAUUUUAAAAGUAUCACUGAUAUAACAUAUACUCAUCCAGGACUUGAUAGUAUUCAUUUUAUUAGAUUUUUAUUUAUGUGUAUGGCAAUAUUUGGACAUCGAAUGAUGGAAUUUUAUAAAUUGCCUGUCACCAAUAGUCGAUACCUCGAGGAAACUUACAAAUGGCGUUGGCUUAUUGUCAUGUAUAAUGGGCCAAUAAUAAUUGAAGUUUUUUUUGCAAUUGGUGGAUUAUUAGUAGCAUAUUUUCUACUUACUGAAUUAGAUAAAACUAAAAAACUUAAUUUUAUGGCAGCUAUAUUUAUUCGUUAUUUGAGGCUGACACCUCUUUAUCUUCUAGUUAUAAUGUUUAUAAGUUUAAUUUUACCUCACUUGGGCAAUGGACCUUACUGGCACUCCAAGGUUCUUCUGGAAAGCACAACUUGUUCAGAUAAUUGGUGGACAAAUAUGCUCUAUAUUAAUAACUAUGUCAAUGUCGAAAGAUUCUGCAUGUUUCAAACAUGGUAUCUUGCUGUUGAUUAUCAUCUAUAUAUCAUGGCACUUGUUGCUGUUUAUUUAUUUUGGAAAAUGCCACGUAAAAUUGGAUAUCCAUUUCUAAUUUCAAUUAUAAUUAUUGGUUGUACUGUACCAUUUUAUGUUACAUAUUAUCAAAAUGUUCCACCACUUUGGUUGGGUCUACCUUACCUCAGAGACAUCAGAGAAAUUAAAUAUUUCGUUGAGCAUUAUGUUAAAACUCAUGAACGUAUACCUUCAUAUUUUGUGGGUGUUGUUGCUGGAGCAAUAAUUUAUGAUCAUAGUUUAUCACCUUGGAGACUAGCUAAAGUAUGGUCAAGAACAUUGAUCAUUCUUUUUGGACUUGUUUUAAGUACAGCAACUCAAAGUAUGGCAUGGAAAUGGUAUGAUCCAAAUUACAUUGCAACACCACUGGAAUCUGCAUUGUACUCGAGUUUAAGUAGACCUGCUUUUGCAAUGUCCAUCAUUGCAAUUAUUGUUUUGCUUACAAUCGGUGAUGGAUUGGAGACAUAUCAUGCUAUAUUAAAGCCACGCUGGGUUCAGCCUCUAGCUAGGCUUGGCUAUGGGGCCUAUUUAAUUCACAAUAUUCUUCAAAUAUAUGACCUUGGUUUUACAAGGCAGACAAGAACAUUCUCGUUUCAUACCGGAAUAUUUGAAACUCUGACAGAUUUAAUUGUAACAUUUUCAAUUUCGCUUCUUUUAUCGUUGACGAUAGAGGGUCCUUUUAGGAGGCUGGAAAAGCGAUUUAUCAUGAAACAAAAACAUAAAAAAACUACAAUAAAAAAAGACACUGUCAUCGAAAACAAUGAAUUGGCUAAAAAAAUAAAUUAGUUGAUGAAAAAUAAUUUGAUUAUGACAUCAGUGCAAAGAAGUGUAAAAAAAAAAAAAAGAAAAAAAUAUAAUUGUAUCAUAUUUAAAUUAUUUUUAUAUAUUUAUGUUUUAAUUUGUAAAAAAAAAAAACUUGAUUAAUAAAGUAUUGUGCAGGUUCUAGUACUUGCUGUCAGGAAUAUUUUUCAGGA